AUGGCUCUUGAUGCUCAAAGUAAUUGGAACGUAGAGAUGGCCCAGCCUCUCAAGAUUCCAACAUGUCCAAGCAGUCAGAGACCGAUCCAGGAAUUACCUUCUACUGUCCCGGCCAUCAUCCCCUCACACUCCGGCCGCGAAGUACUCCUCCCCUCCGAGAUAAUCUCCCACAUCCUCUCGUACAUUCCUCGCCGAGAGAAUACGCAGUCAACAUUUUGGGCUUGCAGCCUGGUAUCUAGAGCCUGGUACUCUGCCAGCAUUGCCCUGCUAUACAAUCGGCCAUAUCUCAAUGGCGGAAACUUCAGCGAGUUCGUCAGAACAGUCUGCCCCUCCAAGAAUGCGCAUAUCCGACAAUCCACACUUGCAGUCCUGGUUCGGAAACUUGAUAUGGGAGAACUUGUGCAUAACGCAAGCCGGAGCUUGACGGCAAGACUUCUGGGACGUUUGAAGGGGAACAUCGAAGAAUUUGUAGCACCACAAGCCUCCUUCGCAAUAAACAGCUUCGCUGCCCUCAGCAAAUGCACGAAGCUUCGCCAUCUAGACCUGUCGCUAAUUUCCGCCUCAAUAUCCAACAAACUCCUCUUUCAAACCCUCAAAUCCCUCCGAGAACUCGAAACCCUAUUCUUCCCACGAAGUUCCAGCCAUGAUCAAGAACACAACACGGGGGUAGCAUACUUCUGGCCCCCAAAAUUGUAUGCCCUGCAUUUGGCAGGUGGGGUCGACUCACAUUUCCUGCGAACACACUUGGUCAACGCUCCGCCUUCCCUCCAACGGCUGAGCAUUCAGCACUGUUCUCAAGUCUUCAGGCCUGCCCUGGUCGAUAUGCUCCAAACCCUUGGCCCGCAGCUGCAGCACCUUACAAUCCGGCAUCCGAUGCAGCAACUCUGGGUCGGAGCUCUGGACCCAGUCCUCGAUGAAUGUCCCUCCCUGACUGCUCUCCGCAUCUCGGCAGAUUUCGUAAGCGAUAAAAUGUUCUCUGCUUUGUAUGUCCAAUCUCCGCAUCCAUUAAGGAUACUGGAUAUAGAGUGUUCCCCCACUGCGGGAGCAGAUGUGGGGGUCAGCGCCAGCGCUAUCUAUGACGCCGUUGAAGAUGGGAGGCUGCCAGAUUUAAGGAGCGUAAGAGUUAGUGCACAUCUAGCUUGGGGAGCCACUGAAGGGACGAGGACAGAUGCCAGUGAUCUCGAAGAGAUUUUGGAAGAAGCGGAGAUGGAAAGGCCCUUGGGGGUUGUCACAGGUGUUUGGUGGAGUAUGCCAGAUUAG